AUGAAGCUACAAAAAGAUCCUGACUUAAAACAGCAAUAUCAUGCUGUCUUGCAGGAAUAUUUAGAUCUCGGACAUUUAUCCGAAACCAAACCACAACCAUCAAAACAGGGAUGUAAUAAAAAGUUCCAUUUACCCAACCAAACUAAGAGCCCACUACACACGGGACCAAAGCUCCAGGAUGAUCUACUGCACAUUCUUCUCCGAUAUCGCGUACGUGACCCAUCAGUACGUCCUUACUGGCGACAUCGAGAAGAUCCUCAGGCAAUCCUCAUACGCGACGAAGACCGAACCAUAUCAAAGCAUCCAAUAGCGCGACAUCAACGGACGGCUCAAAAAAUACCAGCUCAAUACCGUCACAUUCGGACUUUUCGCAGCUCCUUACUUGGCGAUCUGAAGCAACUAGCACAAGAUGAAGGACAUCGUUUUCCUACGGCCGCCGAAAUCCUGCAACGAGACUUCUACGUAGACGACGCUCUCACUGACGCUCCAACACAAGAGGAGACAUUCGCUUUACCAGAAGAACUCACGCAGAUUUUCAAAACUGCUGGUUUGAACAAAAGGGGGUAUCCAAUGAUCUACAUGUGUUGCACACUAGGAAUUGUGUGGAACGUUGCACAGGAUGUCAUACAAUAUUCAGUUAAAAGCCCCCAAUCCGCAUCACAAAACAAUACAUGGAGCGGAAUAUGUAGUCAGCUAUACUCUAACAAUGCCAUGAACUUCACCAGGACACAGAUCGAUCCAGUGACAUUUUACACCAAGAACAUUCCACUUUGGAAGUAUCUGGGAGGCAGUGGUGAAAUCAUUCAAACACCGCAUCUUACGCGAGUAGUAUCCGCCGUAACCUUCGUAUACGAAGAUUUUUACACUCUUGUCAUCGAAAUAGAAGAAAUAUUAAAUUCCCGACCUCUCACACCAAUCUCCUCUAAUCCCAACGAUCUCUUCGUGAUUACUCCGGAUCACCUUCUAAUCAGCGACUCACUAACAAAUCUGCCUGACCUCAACUACCGCAAGAUAUCAAGCAACCGAUUAUCAACGUGGCGACAUGUGCAAAAAAUCAAACAAGAAGACAACACGCUUUCGAUGCAGUGGCCACUUGGAAGAAUCGUUCAGGUCUACCUGGGAUCCGAUGGGGUGAUUCGGACAGUCAAAAUGGCAAAGAGUAUACUCGAUCGGAGAGUAAAGCGACUCGCACCCUUGCCAUACAUGUCGGACGAUGCAGAGCCAUCGAGCACGGAAAACCAGCUUACAGCUUCUCCUCAUCACUAA